GUCCGAAGGCCCUCGGCUCUCCGUGCAGCUUCCGUGUGCGGUGAGAAAGGAGGGAGAGUCAAGUAGCCCUAUCAAGACACCUAUGAUUCUGAAUGAGCCAAGUUCACAGUGAGGGUCAUUCAUGAAGAUUAUGUCUCAAAGAUCUUGCAGGAGGGAAUCAAGGCAAGGGAACUGGCUCUCCUAACCAGAUGGCGCUGACCUCUGCGCCCUCGCGGACUGGCAGGGGCUUCGGUUGCCGAGGACUCUGACGUGCCUGUCGCAGGGAGAAGUGCCCCGGACAAGAGAUUUUUGUCGUGUAUCUUCACAAAAAAAUAUCGAGAUGUCAGGCUCCUCGCUGUUUAAGAUGCGGUUUGUUCACCUGGACCUUAAAGGAGCCCCACCUAAGGUCUCAUACUUCUCGGAGGUGUUCCCCCUGUUCCGCGCCCUGGGCGCCGACGGCCUCCUCGUCGAAUACGAGGACACGUUUCCCUACGAGGGCCACCUGCGGCUGCUGCGGGCCCCGCACGCGUACAGCCCCUCGGAGGUCAAGGAGAUCCUGCAGCUGGCCGCACAGAACGGGCUGGAGGUCGUCCCCUUGGUGCAGACGUUUGGGCACAUGGAGUUUGUGCUGAAGCACCAGGCCCUGGCGCACCUGCGGGAGGUGGCGCUUUUCCCCAACACCCUGAACCCGCACGAGGCCGAGUCCCUGGCGCUGGUCGCGGCCAUGGUCGGCCAGGUCAUGGAGCUGCACGCGGGGGCCCGGUGGCUCCACAUCGGCUGUGACGAGGUCUGUCACCUCGGGGAGGGCGAGGCGUCCAGACAGUGGCUGCAGCAGGCGCAGAACUCCACGGCCGCGCUGUGUCUGGCCCACAUCCGGGCCGUGGCCAGCCUCGUGCAGACCCGGUACCCCACCACGACGCCCCUGGUGUGGGACGACAUGCUGCGGGACAUGCCCGAGGACCAGCUGUCAGCGUCGGGGCUGCCGCAGCUGGUGGAGCCGGUGCUCUGGGACUACGGGGCUGACCUGGACGUCCGAGGCAAGGUGCUCCUCGUGGAGAAGUACCGGAAGUGCGGUUUCCCCCGGCUCUGGGCCGCCAGCGCCUUCAAGGGGGCCACGGGGCCGCACCAGACCCUGCCCCCCAUCGAGCACCACGUCCGGAACAACAUGCAGUGGCUGCAGGUGGCGGCCUGUGGGCCGGCGGACGCGCUGCAGGGCAUCGUCCUGACCGGCUGGCAGAGGUACGACCACUUCUCUGUGCUCUGCGAGCUGUUGCCUGUGGGGAUCCCGUCCCUGGCCGCCUGCCUGCAGUCGCUGCUCCACGGGGGCUUUGCCGAGGAAGCUAGAGCCAAAGUGGAGAACCUUCUCGGGAUCCCGAGCCUGGAAAUGACCGGCUUUGCGAGCGAGGGGGCCGGCUCCUUCCCGGGCAGCGACAUCCUGGCCCUCGUCACGCAGGUCGGCCUCCACCUGAGCGGCUCUGUGGACGAGAUGCUGCAGAGGGACAGGUACGUGACGGGCUGGUUCAGCCCCUACCAUCGCAGGCGGAAGCUCAUCCACCCGGCCAUGGUCCAGCACAUCCAGCCGCAGGUGCUCAGCCUCCUGGCCAGGUGGAGCGCCCUCGUGCGGGAGCUGGAGGCCGCCCUGCACCAAGUCUUCCACGAGGACGCCGUGGACGAGUGGCUGGAGGAGAACGUGCAGCCCAGCCUGGGGCGGCUGCAGGCGCUGCUGCAGGACCUCAGCGAGGCUGCCGGGCCCCAGGCACCCCCGGCCAGCCCCGGCCCUGACCCCUGAGGGGUCCCACUGCAGUGUCCCCCCUCCCCCAGCACGGCUGUCCCUGGGGAGAGGGAAGCAGCGCACACAGAAGGAAGCGCAGACCUGUGUUUACUGACCGGCAGGAACAUUGAUUCCUGUGAAAUAAAGCGGAAAGUAGGUGCUGCAGGCCGUGCUGCUGGGAGUGUGACCAACCCCACUGGGCCCGGGCUGAGCCAGGCCUCCUGGUGGCCCCCACAGAGGGUGGGGCACCUCACGGCCUCGGCAGGAACGUACCA